CGCACACACACGUGAUAUCUGCUGUGUUUCAUAACACAGAAAGGAGGAGGUGCGCGUGUAAAUAAUUAUUGGAACUUGUUACACGAAACAGUAAUGUCACUUUAUCGAAACACGAUCUGGUUUUUUAAAGGAAUUCAGGAAUACACGAGGGGUGGCUAUGAAGCUGCAGCUAGGCUCUUCGUGGAGAAGGACAUGGAUGUCACAGUUUCAGAUAGGUCCUAUAUGAUCACAGGAGCCAACAGUGGGCUUGGAAAAGCAUCUGCCCUGGAGAUAGCCAAGAAAGGGGGCGCUGUCCAUCUGGUUUGCAGAAACAAGGAUCGUGCAGAGGAAGCUAGAGCAGAAAUUGCCAAAGAGAGUGGAAACAAUGAUAUUUUCGUUCACAUUCUCGACAUGUCAGAAGCAAAGAAGGUCUGGGAGUUCGCUGAAGGAUUCAAAAAAGAUCAUAAAUCACUGAAUGUUUUGAUCAAUAAUGCAGGAUGCAUGGUAAAUCAACGGGAACUUAAUGCUGAAGGAAUGGAAAUGAACUUCGCAACAAACACUCUUGGCACUUUUAUUCUCACCAAAAGCCUGAUCCCAUUACUGGAAAAAAGCGACAGUCCCAGGGUGAUCACAGUGUCUUCGGGAGGAAUGCUCAUCCAAAAGCUAGAUACGGAGGACCUCCAGGCAGAGAAGGGCCACUUUGAUGGGACCCUGGUGUAUGCACAGAAUAAGCGUCAGCAGGUAGUGAUGACUGAACAGUGGGCGAAAAUGCACAGCAGCAUUCACUUCUCAGCAAUGCAUCCAGGCUGGGCGGAUACCCCAGCUGUGAGAUCAGCAAUGCCAGACUUCCACCGAUCAAUGAAGAACAAGCUGCGCACUGCAGAGCAGGGGGCAGACACCAUCGUCUGGCUCGCCCUGUCGGAAGCAGCAAGGACACAGCCGAGCGGCCUCUUCUUUCAAGAUCGGAAAGCGGUUUCUACUCAUCUGCCCCUGGCGUGGACAAGAUCCACCCCUGAAGAGGAGCAGAAGUUUAUGAAGAUCCUGGAUGAUUUAGCAAAUUCCUUUCAACCUCAAUAAAAAACAACAUGCCUUUACUACUGUAAAGUUGAUUUAUACAUUAUUAAUAUAUCAUAUAUUAAUAUUAAUAAAUUCAUAUGUUGACUUGUAUUACAUCUGCACAAUAGAACAAGUUGUUUCUAAGUGACCAGGCAGGAGUUAUAUGGUGUAAUUGAUGCAGUUGUUGCAGUGGGGUUGGCUGUGAUACUAAAAAGAUCAUGAUGAGAAUGGAAAUACGUAAUGGCUGGACGUGUGCCAUGUUAACACAAAUCAUGAAGUCAUUUUUCAAGGUAACCAGGCUGCAAGAGGAUUUUAUUUUUAAACCAUAAGUAUGGUAGCCACUAGGAGCAUGGUUUUCAAAUAGUGGAACAUAAUGUCAGAUUGGUUUGUGACUAUGUUUAGUUAACAGUUGAUUAAUAUCAAGCUCAGCUAGGGUAAUGCAAGUGGAAAAUGUGUGAGUCAGAAACCAAGACAAAAGUCCAUCUGCUCAUGGAAAUGAAACAUUAUUGCCAUUGAUACUAAACAGCAUUUCUUGGGUUUACUAACAGUGCUGCAUAAAUAUUUAUACAUGCAGUUUAUGUUAAUAGAACAAUAUUUAAUACAUAUUAAUGCUGCCGUUUUCUGAAAUAAUUCUACAUGUCAUGCACUAAUGUUUAUACUAGAACUUUUAAUUUUCCAGUCAUUUGGAAAUAAUUGUUCUGGGUAAAAAUGUAAUGUGUCAACAGGUAACCUGUAUUUUUAUAAUAUGUAAAGAAAUAAAUAAAACUGCUAAGAAUGUAAUGCCAUAAUAAAGCCAGUGUCUAUUUA